UUCAACAACUAUCUCACAUGGUUUCUUGCAAGUACCCGUGUGGAGGUAUGCAAGCCGGCGUAUGCUGAGGAGAUUUUGGAAGAACCCACUGUUUUUGAUGAGGUAGCCCAACACCAGUACAACGCAUUAGUCAGGAAAGGCAACUCAGUGAUCCCUUCAGCUCCAAUGAUGAACUUUGUGCGUGCCCAGAUCAAGAAAGCAGCUGAUGAGACCGAGACUAUUCUUGAAACAACCCCGGCUGGCAAAAGCGAUGGAGAAGGUGCACUUCGAGCAUUCAUCAAGCGCCAGGGCCAAAAGUUAAGGCGGCUAUCAAACCUUUUUGGUUGUCGUGACCCCGAGUAUGUAUCACCAGAACGGUCUAGGUCGGCGACACCAUCAGAUCCUGCUUCGGGCCAGAGCCAUGGUGAUCAUUUGGAGGAUGAGGAUGUGGGUGUGGUCACCCAAGAGGUUGCUGAUGAUGAUAUGACCUUGGGGGCGUACCAGGUUAGGUCUGCAUACAUACUAAAGCCUAGAAAGGGAAUCAACAAGUACACACCUGAAGACUUCACCGAAAGAGGCAAAAGGACGGUCGGCACCUCGCGGAUGGCGGCUUUGGAUGACUAUUUGGAUGACGAUGUCGAUGACGUGGAGGAACCGGAGCCAGAGCGGGAGCGUGUUCCUCUUCCUAGGAAGGUCAAGAAGUUAGCCAGCAAGAGGGGGGGGCAGCCAAAAAGCGCUCAAGGAACUAGCUCUUCUUAG